AAAAUUAUCAGGAAUCUUAUCACACAAAAUACUUCUAGCAUUCCAUUUCUCUUCUUGGGAGGAAACUUACAGAUAAACUUUGAAAUGAGCCUUGUGCUUCUCACAAUGUGCCAACCUGGUUAGAAAUCAUGCAAACUUUUGUUGUUCUUUAGCUGUAUUCCCCCACAGGCUGUAUAAUAGCUCUCUAACCAGUCCCACAGCAUUGAAUGAUGUCAUGGGAUCUGCAGUUCAGUGAGAUGAAAGGGAUAAAGCGGAACCCGCGGGCACUGGGGAAAGCUUCCAACACACAAUUCACAACAUAGCUUGGGAACUGAAUCCAGCCACUCAACUCUAAGCAUUAAGUAAGUUAAAAGCAGUUAAUACAGAAGCUCUGGCAGUGUGGAUUAAGUUGCAGAAAAGCUGGCUAUUGGAAAAACUUCAGCAUAUAGCAGUUCUUCAUAAGGGAGAGAAGUUUAACCCUAAGAAAUGGGUAUUGAAGGAUUACAAAGACAAGAUAAAAUAGUGAAGAUGCUUAUACUAUUAUUAGUGUAUUUGUUGAGUGAAGUAAUUUGUGAGACGGGGGAUUGCAGAGAGCAAGAGUUCAGGGACCAUGCGGGAAACUGUAUUCUCUGCAAACAGUGUGGACCUGGAAUGGAACUGUCAAAGGAAUGCGGCUUUGGAUAUGGGGAGGAUGCACAGUGCAUGACAUGCAGGCUAAACAGAUUCAAGGAGGACUGGGGAUUUCAGAAGUGCAAACCUUGUCUGGACUGUGCAGUAGUUAACCGGUUUCAGAAGUCCAACUGUUCUGCCACCAGCAAUGCAGUGUGUGGGGAUUGCUUACCAGGAUUUUACAGGAAGACGAAGCUUGGUGGCUUUCAAGACAUGGAGUGUGUUCCUUGUGGAGAUCCCCCUCCUCCCUAUGAACCUCACUGUACUACCAAAGUGAAUCUUGUGAAGAUCCCAUCAACUGCUUCCAGUCCACGGGAUACUGCUCUAGCAGCUGUUAUAUGCAGUGCACUGGCCACAGUGCUCUUAGCUCUUCUCAUCCUUUGUGUUAUUUAUUGUAAGAGACAAUUUAUGGAGAAGAAGCAAAGCUGGUCUGUGAGAUCACAGGAUAUUCACUACAAUGGUUCUGAACUGUCGUGUUUUGAUAGACCCCGGCUUAAUGAAUAUGCUCACAGAACAUGUUGUCAGUGUCAACGAGAUGCAUCACGAACAUGUGGCCCAGUUCAUUUGAUUCCAUCACUGUGCUGUGACGAGACCUGUAGCAUGGAGCACAGCAGUCACAGCUGCACUUUCCACUCUCAGAGUACCCUUUAUGAACGGACUUUAAAUUCUGUCGGAGAAAUGAUUCCUGCAUUCCUUGGUUCUCUUUCACACUCUACCUGUGGAGACCAUUCAGAUGCUUGGCCGCUUAUGCAAAACCCCGCUUGUUGCGACAGCAUCUCCUUCUGUGAAUCUUAUCCAGAACUGACUGGAGGAAAUAUUAGUUCCUUCGAUCCAGAGACUGAAAACACAGCCAAUAUAGAUUUAGGAAGCCAAAAGGAGUUUUUCUGCCAGCACUAGAACUGAAUGCUACCCUAAUGCCUGUCUGUUAAUGCUUGUGAAUUAAACACAGCCUGGUCCUCAGUGUUACAUGGUUUCAGAAACAGCAGAAAUAAAUUGGCAGCAUUUUGGACCUUUCAGGAAGUUGCAUCUGAGCCAUAGCAGCUGUAAGCUGAAACAUCAAGGAGCAACUUGAGAGAAGACUGAGGUGUAUUCAUGAUAUUAAAAAAAAUUGCUGUGGUUCAAUAGGAAUUAUUAUGGGGAAGUUCUCUGGCUUGUGUUAUAUAGGAGGUCCCUUCUGGCCUUGGAAUCUGUUGUUGUACUUUGCAUCUCUUGUAAACAACAACCUUCUGUGCCUCAAAGGUUCUUGAAAAGCCUAAGAAGAUUAUGUAAAUAUAACAAAAUGUAUUACAUUAGUGUGUUUAUACUGAUCUGUUAAAUAUGGCUAAAAAUGACAGAAGAUGUGCAGCAGAAGUUUGCCAGUUACUCUGUUUGCAAAAUUAAUCAUUUAUUAGGAAUUUGCCCUAGCUAAAUGUAAUGUUAAUUCACAAUUUCUUCUGUAGAAUGAGUUAAAAAAAUAACACUUCUAUUUAUGUGAUGAUCAUCUAUUGAUAAAAUGAAGCUUUUAUUAUGUUUUAUAUUUUAGCCAUUAAGCUACUCUUGGGAACUAAGCAAUUAGCAUGUUACAAUAAUAUGGGUUAUUGAAGUUCCUAAAAACAUUACACUUCUUUUUAAACCAGGAGAUUUGCCUUAAUUUAGAUUUAGAUUUAUAAAAAUCAGCUUCAUAGAUAGGGCAUUUUGUAUUUGUUGUUUGGUAUGUUCAAUAUGUGGAACAGUCAGCAUAUUGGACUUGUUAUGUCACGUACUUUUUAGAUGUUGAAAUAAUUUUUGUAAUAAAUUGUCAUGUCAAAUUACAGUAAACAUACCGUGAAAGUAUUCAUAUAAGUGAGAGCUAAACUAUUCCUAUAGUCAUGGAUGAGUUUCAGGGGUCAUAUCAUGGUGACCUCGUCCCUUUUCUUCUACUGCCUCAUUUUUUAAAUUUCAUCCAAGCCACUAUCCUCUCCUCAUUUUAAUCUGUUUAAAAAUUCACUUCUUCCACAAUGCCCACUGAGAAGCAAGUUCACAAUAAUUUUUUAAACAUAUACCUUAAUUGAACCAUCAAGUUAUGCACAUGACUAAAUUGAGUUAAACGUAUCAUCUUACUGCUAUAACUUCUGUUGUUCCUCUCCCUGAAAUACUAGAGAGAUGACUUAGCCCCAACUUUGCAUCUUACAUUAGGGUUUGAACUGCACACAUUUUCAACCAGGUACAGUGCUUACUACAGUAGUCCCAGUGAACUGCACUAAGAACUACAUUCAGCAAGAUUGAGAUGUGAGAUUUUGAACUCUUCUGAGUGUACAAUAAACUUUCCAGUGUGGUUUUGGCACAAUAAAAGUAAUCAGCAAAAUGCUGUAGAUUUGCAAUAAAUGUCCCUUCUUGCUACAAGUGGAUUUAUCAGUAUCUACACUGCCAUGCAAACAUUCAGUUUCUUUAAAGGAAAAACUCUCUUGCUGAGGACACACAACAGAAAUUUGGACCAGCAAAAAUUAUAAGCAGUGUUGAAUGCCAAAGCAACAAGAUGCUUUGGCAAAAUACAAUGGGACUACUUGUGUGAGUAAGAGCUACUCAUCAUGAGUAAGAGUUCCAGAAGAUGGUGUAGGAUUACUGAUGAAAUCAUUUGUAUGAAUACUUAAACAGUAAAUGCUACUAUAUGAUCACUGACUUACUAUGCUACAUACACAGUUGUGCCUUCAGUACAGUUGUUAAUCUACAUACUUGCUAAAGAUUUAUUCAGACCAGAAAACUGUGGUUCAAAAUUCCUUUUGUUACUUUCAUACAUUAGAGAAAAUGAAAAUAUUACUUUCUACUAUUUACUGCAUGAACACACAUUUGUUUUUGUAUAUAUUGUGUAAAGAGAAAAAUCCAAUGUGCAUUUCAUUAUAUUGCAAAAUAUUGUUAGAAUAGGUAUGGAGAUUAAAAUUUUAGCCAUCAGGAAUUCCUUUUAAAAUGGUACUGAAACUUUGUCAGAAUCUUUCAUCAAUAAGAAUGUUUCCAACUGGAAUUUACACUUUGAUCAUUUUUGUCCAGCAGCUAUAUAUAAAGUUCCUCUAAAGCAGAGACCUAUAGAUUAAGAGCACAACAAAAAUAAACCAACACCACACAACAAAACACUGCCGAAUAAGUCUCUUUAAAUAUAUAUGUAUAUUGUGUAUAUAUUUUUGAAUAGUUUUUUCUUAAUUUAACCAAAUUGGUCUUGUUUAUAUUGUAUAUGCCAAUAGAAAACAAAUACCAACACAUUUAGACAGUAUGCAUAUCAUAGUUUUUUCAGUCCUGUUUUACAUAUUGGACUUUUAAAAAAAAUCUGUAAAUUAUAAUCUUGUGUAAAUUGUUUUGUAAUACUUUUUCUAUUUGUGAAUAAACUGUUACAUGAAUUGUU